CUGCUCUCUAGAAUAGAUCUCACAUUCCUCAUAUAGAAUCUAUGAUCUAUAGAUUAAUUUGAGCCUGAAUAUUUGACACAUAUUAAUAGGUCUCUGGGCUUCAAUUGGAUAGAUCUAUCUAAAUAGAUCUAUAUCUAGUUUGAAUUGAUCAGAAAAUGAGUUUACGGUGGUUGCAAGAUGAUUUUAAGAGGUCAAGAUCUAGAUCAAGUUCAAGCUCAAGUUCUGCUGGGAAAAAGCAAAGAGUUGAUGAGUUUGGUAGGACUAUAACAAAAGUUGGAAGCUCAAGUCGUAGUCGCAGUCACAGUAGAGGUAGAAGUAGGUUAGAUGAUUGGCAAGGAGAUGCUGGAUUUGGAAGAACUCGUGGCUAUCGGGAGACUUUGAGUAGGGAGAAAAGUAAAGAAAGAGGAAGGCGUCAGAAAAGGCGUGAUGGAAGCAGUAGCAGCAGCAGCUCUAGUAGUAGUGACAAUCAUACUCCAUCUACCCGCUUAGUUGCAAGUAAUAAGCCUAAAUAUUUGAAUGCUCGUUUAUUUGUUGCCAAUAUUGUUGCAAAUGAAAUCGAAAAAGAGGAACUUACUAAACAUUUUGAAAAAUAUGGCAAUGUUGUUGAUGUGCUCAUUCAUCCUAAAAACUAUGCCUUUAUCCAGUACUUGAAAGAAGAGCAUGCUAGACUGGCAGUAGAGGGAGAACAAGGAAGUACACUCAAAGGCUGGAGACUGGAUGUAAAAAUGGCUAAUGAGGGUCGUAGGGGUGCUGGUGGUGGAAGAGGUGGACGGGGUGGUGCUGAUCGUGGUGGAAGAGGAAGUGGUGGUGGCCGGUUCAAUGAAAGAGAUAGCAGAGAGAAAAGAGAUAGAUCUCCUCUUAGUGACCGACCAUUUCGAGGGUCAAGGAGAUCUCCAGGACCAUACCCACCAGCCAUCAGGGACUUUGGAAUGCGGGAUCCUUAUUUUCCUCCCCCAGAUCCUUACAGAAGAAUGUACCCAGAUCCUUGGCUUCCUCCUGAUGAUCCUUUCAGGCCUGUUCCUUACUUAGAUCCAUAUAGAGAUCCUUUUGCACUGAGACCACCACCACCAAUAGUUGUUGAGUGUGAAGUAUUUAUGGUGAAUCCUCAACUGAGGGCUUACGCUGAGGCAAUAGAGCGUCGAGUCAAAGACCAAAACAUUAUUACCGCUGUGUCUGUUAUUCCUGAAGGCAGGACAUCUGCUCAGAUGGUGGAGGAGUUGACUGCUAGGGAUGGCUUGUUUGCUAUUUUUAUCAACCCUCAGAAUGAGCAGCACAGAUCAUUAACACUUAACAUUCUGCAUGGUGUUCCUCAAGAACACAGGAAUAUGCCAUUAGAUGACGCCAUUGCUUUGGUGGGACGCAGCUUUGAGAAAUAUGUGGAAGGUUUGCGUGAAAAGGCUAAAGCUGCCGCUGCUCCUUUAACAGCUCGUGUUUUUUUACCAGCAACAGCAGAAGUUGCAUAUCUGCUGAAUCUUUUGGCGGAUAAUCGUGCUUUGACUAUAGAUGAGCUAAACACUGUUAUCAAAUACCUGCAGGAACGUCGUGACAAGUUGAUUGAUGCAGAGAGUCGACCCAUUGUUACAGAUGAUGGUCUUAUCAAACCAAUACCUAGUCAACACACUAAUGAGCCAGUAACUGGAACAAGUAAUGAGCAAAUAUCUGCCCAACAAGAUAUCAAAAAUAAAAUUCUUAGUAUUUUCACUAGUGCAGGAGGAAGCAUUCAAGGUGUGCCACCUGCAAAUGGUUCCAACCUGUUUCCAUCUGGAACACCUGCUCCUCCCCCUCCACCACCACCAGCUCCAGCAGCUGCUAGUGCCAGCCUCAUCAACUUUGACAAUCCUAAUGUGCAGAAAGCUUUGGAUAAUCUUAUACAGAGCAGCCCAAGUCUUCUGAAGAACUUCACCAGUAAAGUUUCUGUAGCAGCCACUCAGGCAGUCUCAACAAGUGUUAGCAGUUCUCUUAGUGCCACAGUCAAUACCAGCACAUCAGCUGUUGGCUUUGGACAGGGGAAUGUAAUGCUUUCCAACUUGCUGCCUCAUGCUGGUCCUCAACUCCAAGGCAGAAUGCCAGGUGCUUUUGGUGACAUGCAGGGCCAGAGAAUGCCAGGGAAUGAACAGGGUGGGUAUGGCAUGCAGGGUCCCUCUGGCUUGCCAGGGCAGUCCAUGCCAAGAUACUGAGCUGCUGAUGAUUAAAAAUAUACAGGUAUAAAUGAACCAAACAAUGAUGGCUAAAAAACCCACAAUAAAAUGUUAUAAAAGACGACUAUGUGUGUUGGAUGUAUCAGGUCUCUACAGGAUCUGAACUAAAGAAUGCAUUUUAUGAUUCUUAACGUUACUAUUUAAGUAAAAGAAUUUUUUUUUUUUACAAAAUGUUACAAAGAUUAUUGUCAUUGUGCUGAGUGUAGUGUUUGUUUGCAAAUAAAAGACUUGAAUGACAUAAAACAUUUUUACAAAUGUUUCUUGUAUCAUUAAACUAUUGUUUCUAUUAAAUGUUACUAUUUCAUUCUAUAUUACCCUCAUAGUGUCAUUCUAUGAUUCUAUGAUAUUAUUGUCCUUGUUUUUAGUCACAUUGUUUUGAUCUUAAUACAUUCUCCUGAUUUUUGUUUUUAAUUAGGGAUGAAUAACAAAAAUCAUUGAAGUAUAUAUUUACAUUAUUUGUAUGUAUAUCACUGAAUGUUUUUCUCUUUGGAAACUUAACAAUUAUUUAGUUUUAUUUUUUGUUGCUGUUUUUAAUAAAUUAAUGUCAACAUUUACUCUUA